UCGCUCUCACAACACUCUUUCCUCUCUUCUCCCCCCACCAUCCGUCGCUCACCGCUCAUACGGUACUGCCCCCGCCAUCCAAAAACAUAGACUCGCCCUGCGUACGCUAGACGGCCCCGAAAUCACUGUCAAAUUUGCCCCGCCCGACUGGCCGCCAAACAACAUCCUUUGAUACUCGCCACAACCCCUCCGCCAUGUCUGGUCUCGCUCUCCCUAAAGGUUCCCAGGCGGGCCCAUCCAGCUCCAACAAUGCUCCGAACGGACGACAGACUCUUGAAGGAGCGGGAGAUGUAGCGACGAGGCAACCUCAGAAGGCUGUGGCGAGUGUUCCGGAGAUUACGGCGGUGGAUGGUUUGGUUCCAACCUUACAAAAUAUCGUUGCUACCGUCAAUUUGGAUUGUCGUCUCGACUUGAAGACUAUUGCGCUUCAUGCUCGAAAUGCCGAGUACAACCCUAGACGUUUCGCCGCCGUCGUCAUGCGUAUUCGAGAUCCCCGAACGACUGCCCUUAUCUUCGCUUCCGGAAAGAUGGUCGUCACUGGUGCCAAGUCAGAAGACGAUUCGCGUCUAGCUUCUCGAAAGUACGCGCGUAUUAUCCAGAAACUUGGUUUCGAUGCCAAGUUUGCCGAGUUCAAGAUUCAGAAUAUGGUGGGCAGUUGUGAUGUCAAGUUCCCGAUUCGGUUGGAGGGUUUGGCUUUCAGCCACGGUGCUUUCAGCAGUUACGAACCUGAGCUUUUCCCUGGUCUCAUCUAUCGUAUGUUAAAGCCGAAGGUCGUCAUCCUGAUCUUUGUCUCCGGCAAGAUCGUCCUUACGGGUGCAAAGGUGAGAGAGGAGAUUUACAUGGCGUUCAACCAGAUCUAUUCUGUGCUGCUUGAAUUCCGAAAGACAACAUAAUCAUACCACAUCUCAUUCGGUGCCACGCCGGCUGCUGACCAACCUCCCUACUUUUUCUUCGGGUCCCCGUGUUCUCCACCACUUGGCUUCAUACCCUACCACCAUACGAUCGGAGUCCAUCCCUGCAUAGUCUUCCAUCGUGGUUCUCACGUCUAUUAACGAAAACAAUAAAAAGCAAAACGCGGCCCGUCGAGGGGAGAUGGGGAGAGCGUUUCCGUGGCUGCUUUAUCAGAACCGCGAGCUAGAUCUUUCCCUUUUCUAGUACUCAUAGCGAUACCGCAUGUAAUUCUGUUGACAUUAGAAA